CCGUACUCCUGGAGGUAACAGGGCCAACAUUAAUUUUGCUUUCAUUAUCCUUAUUUACAGAGUGGAAAAUGCUUGCACAAAACUUGUCCAGGCAGCUCAGAUGCUCCAAACGGAUCCUUAUUCGGUACCUGCUCGUGAUUACCUGAUCGAUGGAUCCCGAGGAAUCCUUUCAGGGACGUCGGAUUUACUUCUGACCUUUGAUGAAGCCGAGGUCCGUAGAAUCAUCCGUGUAUGCAAAGGAAUCCUAGAAUACCUCACUGUGGCUGAAGUGGUGGAGACAAUGGAAGACCUGGUGACAUACACGAAGAAUCUGGGACCAGGGAUGACCAAGAUGGCCAAGAUGAUUGACGAGCGGCAGCAAGAACUUACUCAUCAGGAGCACCGAGUCAUGCUGGUCAACUCCAUGAACACAGUGAAGGAGCUCCUCCCUGUCCUUAUUUCAGCAAUGAAGAUUUUUGUAACAACUAAAAACUCUCGGAGCCAGGGAAUCGAGGAAGCCUUGAAAAACCGCAAAUUUACAGUGGAGAAGAUGAGUACAGAAAUAAAUGAAAUAAUCCGUGUAUUGCAGCUGACUUCCUGGGAUGAAGAUGCUUGGGCCAGCAAGGACACGGAAGCCAUAAAGAGAGCUCUGGCUUUAAUCGAUUCCAAGAUGAACCAGGCCAAGGGAUGGCUCAGGGACCCCACUGCUCCAGCAGGCCUAUCUUUUAACAACUCAGCUGACGAGAGAAUUUUUUUUAAUGACAAAAGGCAAGUAACAGGAGGAUUUGACAUCAUCAACAUGGUCACUUUUGCAAACAAAUCAUUAAAGAAAGUGAAAGUUGGAAGAUUAGAUCCCAAUGCUCCAGAAGGAGACCAAUUGACUAUUAAUAAAGAUCGAAUUGAAUGGCACAAAAGCUUUAACCAGGCUCUUCCCAUUUCUCUUUGUAAUGAGUAUUGCCACCCAGGAUACUGGAAGAGACGAAUGGAAGGGGAAAAAUUCUGCUGCUAUGAUUGUGUUCCAUGUCCAGAAGGAAAGAUUUCAGACAAGAUGGGUCAGUUGAUUGAUGUUUAA